CCUGGAAGCUCCAUUUAUUCCGCCUCCAGCACCUACACCGCCAGCACCAGCAGGCUAGUGGCUGUCGGUGCUGCACCUCCUCCUACUCCCCGCGUCACUGCUGCCGCCAUGCCCGGAGGUCUCCUCCUCGGGGACGAGGCUCCCAACUUCGAGGCAAAUACUACCAUCGGCCGCAUCCGUUUCCACGACUAUCUGGGAGACUCAUGGGGCAUUCUCUUCUCCCACCCUCGGGACUUUACCCCAGUGUGUACCACGGAGCUCGGCAGAGCAGCGAAGCUGGCACCAGAAUUUGCCAAGAGAAAUGUUAAGAUGAUUGCUCUUUCCAUAGACAGUGUGGAAGACCAUCUUGCAUGGAGCAAGGAUAUCAACGCUUACAAUGGUGAAGAGCCCACGGAAAAGUUACCUUUUCCCAUCAUUGAUGAUAAGAAUCGGGACCUUGCCAUCCAGUUGGGCAUGCUGGACCCAGCAGAGAAAGACGAAAAGGGCAUGCCUGUGACUGCUCGUGUGGUGUUUAUUUUUGGUCCUGAUAAGAAACUGAAACUGUCCAUCCUCUACCCAGCUACCACUGGCAGGAACUUUGAUGAGAUUCUCAGAGUAAUUAUCUCUCUCCAGCUGACAGCAGAAAAGAGGGUUGCCACCCCGGUUGACUGGAAGAAUGGGGACAGCGUGAUGGUCCUUCCAACCAUCCCCGAAGAGGAAGCCAAGAAACUUUUCCCUAAAGGAGUCUUCACCAAAGAGCUCCCAUCUGGCAAGAAAUACCUCCGCUACACACCCCAGCCAUAGGCUCGCCACAGAGUUGGUUCUGGAGCUGCCCACUUAGCACCAUGAGCCAGAGGACGCCCACUGUCCAUCAUGUUUCCCCGCAGCAGUCCAUUAAAAACAUUCUGGUGUGAUCACAGCCAAGGUCUUUAGGUUGCUAUACUACUGGCUUAUUAAAUGAAAACAGCACUAAAAAUUCCUUGGGAUCCUUUGUGCCUUCAGCAGCUUUCUCCUCUGUUCAUAUAUCUUCACACUCUCUGCUGACUCUCCUCGAAAUUUGAGACUUAUCUUGGAUCUCUGUAGGGUUUAUGACCAAGAGGUGGUAUCAGUUUAUGGUCAAAAAAGCCUGCUUUGCUCCAUCAUUACUGUGUUGGCCAAAAUGUUCAUUUGGCUUUUUAAAACGUGAACAAACAUUUUGGCCAAGCCAAUAGAAUGACUGUCAGGUUUGGGUUUUUUUUUUUUUUUUUUUUUUUGCUCUUCUAAUCAAAUCCUCUGUUACCGAUUUUGGGAAGGAAUAGAACUUAGAGUAACCCAGAAGUUCUUCAGUAUUUCAUGUUUUGAUCACAACUGGAGGAAAAAAACCUUUUCAAUUCAGUACUUUUCUAGUAGAUAAAUGAAAGAUAAGCCUGGGGAGAGAAUCUUUAAAUAUUUUGCUAUCAAGAAAAUUUUUCAGUAAAUUUCUAUUGAAAGCAAGAAGCUACAGAAAAGGCUCCACUUGCCUGCCAGAGAGGUGUAGCAGAAGGCAUGACAGUGCCAGGUGCCUUUUGGAGAAUUUCUGGAUGUCAGUCUGUUCUGCGAUGAUGUGCAUGUCAAAGGGCCCGCCGUGGGGAGAGGGAGAGGACGACUGAAAAUGUUUAUCUAUUCUUGCAGUGGGAAAGGGAGAUGUUUUUCUGAAUUUUGCUUCUUAGGGAUCAGCAAAUAAAUCCUUUUGUCUAAAACGUGA